AUGUCGAAGCUCUCGGCCAGCCUGAAGGCGCUGAUUAACAGCCCGGCAGCUCGUCCGCAUACACUGCCGGCGCCGAAGAAUAUUACAGCUAUUUACCAGGACAUCCAGCAGUCUGCCAAGGCGCAUAAUGUCUCGCAGCCGUCCUGGCUCGCGCUGUCGACCGCAGCAACGAUGACAAUGAACUCCCCCGAGUCCCUCGCCGCCCUCUUCACCCUCACCUCCGUCGAAGCAAACAACGACCUCGAAAUCGCCGAGCUAAUGCGCGAAAUCGGGCUAAAGUGCAUAAGUUUCAACGGCAUUCCGCGAACAAUAAACAACCUCAACGCCUUCAAAGCAAGUCUGCCCGAGAAUAUCAGCGACAGCCUCUCUACGACCCCCACCCGCACACCCACACCGACCAACAUAACCAACAUCGCAAACCGCGGCCACUCCCUCUGGACCUCAAUCUACCGACCUUUCGAGAAAAAGCUGUACAGCAAACUCGCCUCCUCACACCCCCGACCUCCCCGUCAUAAUCCUCAACGCGCACUACGGCGGGAAAAUCCGCGGACCUCGGCUGGUCGGCUUGUCACGUCCAUUAUUGCGAUUGCAUGUUUGCGUGCGCAGUCGGGCGUUGCGCCCCAGGUUCUGUCGCAUAUUUUUGGACUGCGGAAGGCGCUGGAGGAUGGGUCUUGGACUGCGGAUGUUGAGAGUGAGGAGGGGGCUAGGUGGUUGGCAAGUGAUGCGGGGAAUGAGUGGAUUUUGAACAGUGUUGAUCGGAUUGUUGAGGCCAUUGGGCAGGGUUCGGGGUCGAGUUUUGCUUCGCCUAGAGCGAAGUUGUAA